AUGGCCAGAGAGGAGGGAGCACCGGCACCAACAGAGAAGGAUAUUAUACGCGCCCAGCGAGAGAUAUUAGCAGCCAGGGAGUCCCCGUCGGCGCCGAACUCUGCUUUCCCCGAGACUCCCACCGCCCCGAACGAUGACCGUCUCGGUGCCGGGGCCUUCCCUGAGGCCCAGCCCAAUCUCAGCCUGCCACCAUACCCGGGCCUCCUGGUGGUGUACCCUGAGCAGCAGGAACAGCGGCCUGAACAACAUCCACCUCCUCAGCCGCAGGAGUACCCAGGCCUCCCCCGCCUCGACUACCGCCUGUAUUCGCCGCCGCUCUUCGAGCUCUCGUCCGACUGCACGACUAUCAAGUCGACGGCGCCGUACCUCUCCAGCACGGUCGAGGCGCUCACGGCCCUGGUUCGGGCGCAGGCCACCAUGCCCCCCAAGCCACAGGUCCACAUCACCGGAAAGAGGGGGAGCAAGAUCGACUUCGCAGUCAAGUUGAAUCUGCUGCCCCUGCUCGUGCCCGAGGGAGGAACCGCUGGUGAUGGGAAGCCCAGGAGCUACAUACGCUGUAUAGGAUCGGGUGAGACGGCGCUGAGGGGCGGGACGAAGCCCGAGCUGCUGCCAGAUCUGGGCGACCACGCCGGCCUGGAGGUGUGGGCUCGCAGGUUUAUCAACGACCCAAACCAUGUCAAGGCGUUCGUGCUGGAGCGCGUCGUGACGAACCUCGACACGGACUGGCUCUCCAGCCAGAUCCGGAUCCUUGUCAACCCAUUAAACUACAAAGGCGUCGUCACGGUCUCGUUCCCAGUGACGCACUGCAAGGUGGUGGUGCAGAGCCCGGACAGGGUGAACAAGUUCUUCACGGGGAUCACGACGCUCUUCUCGGGGAAGCGGACAGGACCGAGCCCCUCGGCGGCCGCCGACGCGGCCAGCCCGCGGCGCUGCGUCGUGCAGAGCGAGGACCAGUGGUGGCGGGAGUGGGCGCAGCCCAUCAAGUACGCCAUCGCCACCAAGAGGCACGGCUGGGUCACCAACGAGGACAAGCUCGAGGCCAUCAUGGAGGGCAAGGGGGAGGGCCUGUCGUCUGUCGACUGGUCUGAGGAGUUCGACAGCACGCCGUGA